CUCACGCCGGAAAAGUGUCUGUUACAGUCACAGCUGAUAAAUGUGGUGAGCAAUGAUCAAAGGUUUACUUCCGCCUCAGAUCAAAGGGUUUGAAUCGAAGCGGCUGAAAGUUCGUAGAAAUGAUUCACAUCGAAACAGGAAGCGGCUUCAGGAGCUAACUGUGCUAACGGUAGCUGUUUGCUAACGCUAGCGUCAGGUUCUAGCCGACCAGUCUUCACUGUUCCGGGGUCAGAAGACCGCCCCCCCACAGACCGCCCCCCCGCCCUCCUCCUGUUGCCAUGGCGAGUCCCGAGCUCCUCCUGGACUCCAGCAUCCGUCUCUGGGUGGUCCUGCCCAUCGUCUUCAUCACCUUCUUCGUGGGGAUCAUCCGUCACUACGUCACCCAGCUGCUCCACAGCGAUAAGAAGGUGGAGCUGGAGCAGGUGUCCGACAGUCAGGUGCUCCUGCGCAGCCGCAUCCUCCGAGAGAAUGGAAGGUACAUCCCCAAACAGUCGUUCGCGAUGAGGAAACAUUAUUUCAACGACGCAGAGACGGGAUUCUUCAAGAAGGUCAAGAGGAAGGUCGUCCCCAAGAACCCCAUGACAGACCCCAGCAUGGUGAUGGACAUGAUGAAGGGAAACCUGACCAACGUCCUGCCCAUGAUCGUGAUUGGUGGAUGGAUAAACUGGGCGUUCUCUGGAUUCGUCAUAACCAAGGUUCCGUUUCCUCUGACUCUUCGGUUCAAGCCGAUGUUACAGAGAGGAAUCGACCUGCUGUCGCUCGACGCCUCCUGGGUGAGUUCGGCCUCCUGGUAUUUCCUCAACGUGUUCGGCCUGAGGAGCAUGUACAGUCUCAUCCUGGGACAGGACAACGCUGCCGACCAGUCGCGGGUGAUGCAGGACCAGAUGACGGGCGCUGCCAUGGCGAUGCCCCCUGACCCCAACAAGGCUUUUAAGAGCGAGUGGGAGGCGCUGGAGAUCAUUGAACACAAGUGGGCGCUAGAGAACGUUGAAGACGAGCUGAUGACCAGAGACCUCAACUUCGGAACUUUCUUCAGCCAGGACGUCAAGUCGGCCAUGUUCUAGGACGACGAGGACGCGUGAGCGCUGGGACGUCUGAAGAACCGUCAGGAGACGAGUAGAAAACUGCUUCUUCUCUGGAACACGCUCGACAAACUCUAGAUCUAAAUAAACACGACCACAGACGCUAACGCUCCUCUGUCUCUUCACGAGCCUCCAGACAAACUGCAGCUCCACAGAUUAAUCAAAUGUCUCACAUGUUGUCACGUUGUGUUUUCAGUGUUCCAGAAUAGAACGUUUUUUUAAAUCCACUCUGAACAAACAGGUUUUUAGAACAAACGUUCCAGACGAGCGGUUUGUUUCAGUGAAGCGGUUCAAUCGGAUGAAUCCUCUCAGGAAGUCGAGCGUUUAAAGUCGACUGGGACGUUUCCAGAUCUUUGAACGACAGCAGGCGUUGCAGUUUUCAUUCUGCAGAAAACUAUUUUGUGUGUACGUUUCUACCAAAGUGACUUGAAGUUAAAUAAAAGUGCCAUCUCAACUCA